AUGGCGUCGUCUCCGGAGACUCCUUCCGGCAGCAGCAGCAGCAGCAGUGAAGACGAGUUUGACCUGGGAGGGUCCUCACUGAAGUCCAGUGGCAAGAAUCUGACGAGCAGCGGGUCGUUGGACUCGGAUCAGCGCGUUAGCAAUGACAGAAAGGAGGAAAAGGAGGCGGACUAUGACACUACAGAGGGAAAUGACAGGAAAGAGGUGGCGUCUGGUGCUAAAAAAGAGGCGGUGUUGAGCGAAAAGGACAAGGAAAUGGAGGACUUGUUUGGCUCGGAUUAUGACUCGGGAGAGGAGGAGUUUAAAGCUUCAGGUGUGAAGGAAUCGCCCGCUCGGGACGGAGGACGUCAUAAUGACGACCUUUCUCGGGACGAUGCAGGGGACCGCAGCACUUCAGGUGGAGGGGAUGGCGAUAGCGGCUACUCGGACAACAUUUGGCUGCCCAAGACUCCGAAGGCUUCGAAGACUGCGAAGUACUUUAUCAGUAAGAUGCCCAACAUCUUGCGUCUCGUGCCGGAGCCUUAUACGAAGGAGGCUAUUCGUAUUGACAUGGAAAACCCCUCGGAUGAGAUGUUGUAUCGUAACUACGUGCGCUGGCGGUACAAGCGCGACCCGAAAACAGGUCGCGUACUGCUGGAUGAGACGACGAAGCUUCCGCUACGGGAAUCGAACGCCAAGCUAGUGCAGUGGGAGGACGGCACGUUCUCUAUGUUUGUGGGCAAAGAAGCAUUGACGUUGUCUCGUCAGAAACUCGCCAACUCGUUUUUGUUUGUAAACGAGAUGGCGAGUGAUAGUCCGCACUUCCAGGAUAAUGACGAUGUGGUGCCAGGACAGGAGAGUGUGUUGGAGUGUCACGCACGACUCAAUGAGAAGUUUACCAUUCGUCCAAUGACCACUGCCAGUAAGUCGCACCAGAGUCUCACCAUGUCUAUGCGCGCCAAGCAUAACAAGAGUGUGCAGAAAAUGAAGGAGUAUAUCUCCGAGUUGGACGGUGAGCGCGAGCAGGAACAGCGUGUCAAGAUCACGGACGAGAAGCUCAGACUACAAAAUCGCAAGAAGGCACGUCAGGGGUACGAGUUCGACCGUGAACGGUCUUCACGCAUGGAUGUGCAGUUUCUGGAGGAAGGCUACGAUGCAAUGGACUAUGAUGAUGAUGAGCACGUGGGUGCUAUCAAGGAACAAUUCGGGAAGCGAAAGAGUCCGGCUGCUCAGCGAAAGAGCGGCGCUCGUCGUCCAGUGCCUGGUGGUGGCUUCGAUGAGUACCGCAGCAGCCAGCGCCAGCGUGAACGUGAGCGUGAACGUGACGCUGAUCGAUCAGAGAGUGACAAUGAUGCUGGAAUGGACGAGGGCGAAGAUGACGACGAGGAAGAAGAAAUGGUUAUCCACAGUCACAAGAAGCGACGCACGGUGGAUGAAGAAGACUCGGAGUAA